CUCCGGACCAGCAGGCGGCAGUAAUGAAAUCUGUACAAACAAACGAAUAAGAAGAUUCUAGCACAGGAAUCAGAAAACCAAGUUAGUUGCAAAUUUCUCGGUAGAAUUGUGUUCGCGUUAAUUGAUUUACUAAAAAUAAGAUACAUUUUCCCUAAAUAUGUCCAAAAGACAUCGUCUAGAUUUGGGUGAUGACUACCCCUCCAGUAAGAAGAGGUCUGACGGGAGAGACCGGGACCGUGACAGAGACCGUGAGGACCGCUCCAGGGACAGGGACCGAGAUAGGGAUCGGGACAGGGAGAGAGACCGGGACCGUGACAUAAAGCCCUCUAUUGGCACGGCAGCCGCGGCAGGCCUACCACCACUCAAGCAAAUGGUGGUGCAGCAGCAGAUCAAUCCAUUCACCAACCUACCACACACACCACGUUACUAUGAGAUCCUGAAGAAGAGGUUACAGCUUCCCGUGUGGGAGUACAAGGAACGCUUCACCGAUAUCCUCACGCGUAAUCAGAGCUUUGUCCUUGUCGGAGAAACUGGCUCUGGGAAGACAACACAGAUCCCACAGUGGUGUGUGGACAUGGUGAGAAGCUUGCCUGGACCUAAGCGGGCAGUGGCCUGUACUCAGCCUAGGAGAGUGGCAGCCAUGAGCGUGGCUCAAAGAGUGGCAGAUGAAAUGGAUGUCAUGCUCGGACAGGAAGUUGGUUACUCCAUCCGAUUUGAGGACUGUAGCUCUGCCAAGACUAUACUCAAGUACAUGACAGACGGUAUGCUGCUAAGAGAGGCUAUGAAUGACCCACUGCUGGAGCGAUACGGUGUGAUCAUUCUCGACGAGGCCCAUGAACGAACUUUGGCUACAGACAUCCUGAUGGGAGUACUCAAGGAGGUGGUGCGUCAAAGACCAGAUCUGAAGGUGAUUGUCAUGAGUGCCACGCUGGAUGCAGGAAAGUUCCAGGUGUACUUUGACAACUGUCCUCUGCUGACUAUUCCUGGGCGCACACACCCUGUAGAGAUCUUCUACACCCCUGAGCCAGAGCGAGACUAUCUUGAGGCAGCGAUCCGCACUGUUAUCCAGAUUCAUAUGUGUGAAGAAGAUGAAGGUGACUGCCUUCUCUUCCUCACUGGUCAAGAGGAAAUUGAUGAGGCCUGCAAACGUAUCAAGCGUGAGGUAGAUGACCUUGGACCUGAAGUUGGAGAUAUCAAAAUCAUUCCACUGUAUUCCACGUUGCCCCCACAACAGCAGCAAAGGAUCUUUGAACCUCCUCCUCCAAGGAAGCCCAAUGGUGCAAUAGGAAGAAAGGUUGUGGUGUCAACAAACAUUGCUGAGACUUCUCUGACAAUUGAUGGUGUGGUGUUUGUCAUUGAUCCCGGAUUCGCCAAACAAAAGGUGUACAAUCCUCGUAUCAGAGUCGAAUCCUUGCUUGUCACAGCUAUCAGUAAAGCUUCUGCCCAGCAAAGGGCGGGACGAGCUGGCAGAACGCGUCCAGGAAAAUGUUUCCGCCUCUACACAGAGAAGGCAUACAAAACAGAGAUGCAGGAUAACACAUACCCCGAGAUUCUUCGAUCCAACUUGGGAUCUGUUGUGCUACAGCUGAAAAAACUCGGUAUCGAUGACCUGGUGCACUUUGACUUCAUGGAUCCACCAGCUCCUGAAACACUGAUGAGGGCACUUGAACUGCUGAAUUACCUUGCAGCUCUCAAUGAUGACGGUGACCUGACGGAGCUUGGCUCCAUGAUGGCAGAAUUCCCCCUGGACCCCCAGCUGGCUAAGAUGGUCAUUGCCAGCUGCGAGUUUAACUGCUCUAAUGAGAUCCUUUCCAUUACUGCCAUGCUGUCAGUCCCACAGUGUUUUGUCCGGCCCACGGAGGCUAAGAAGGCAGCAGACGAGUCCAAGAUGAGGUUUGCCCACAUUGACGGAGACCACUUGACGCUGCUCAAUGUCUACCAUGCCUUCAAACAAAACCACGAAUCUAACCAGUGGUGUUAUGACAAUUUUGUCAACUACCGUUCUCUGAUGUCUGCGGACAACGUGCGGCAGCAGUUGUCCAGGAUCAUGGACCGCUUCAACCUGCCCCGCCGGAGCACAGAGUUCACUAGCAGAGAUUACUACAUCAACAUCCGCCGGGCGCUCUGCACUGGCUUCUUCAUGCAGGUGGCUCAUUUGGAACGCACAGGUCAUUAUCUCACAGCUAAAGACAACCAAGUGGUCCAGCUGCACCCAUCUACAGUUUUGGACCACAAGCCAGAGUGGGUGCUCUACAACGAAUUUGUUCUCACCACCAAGAACUACAUCCGCACUUGUACAGAUAUCAAGCCAGAGUGGCUGGUGAAGAUCGCGCCCCAGUACUAUGAAAUGGGCAACUUCCCACAAUGUGAAGCUAAAAGACAGCUGGAGCGAAUCAUUGCCAAACUAGAGAGCAAGGAGUAUUCCCAGUACUGAACAAUAGCCAAGAAGUGUCCUGGAAAACAACUGCAUACUUUAGUUUUAGAUUUUUCUGUAUUAUUGUAUGUUAAUGUUUAAUGGUUUGACAUCUAGAUUUUUAUAUUUUGUUUUCUUUUUUUUUUUCUAUCAAUGUUUAUUCUGUAACCAAAUGUAAUGCCAGAUGAAAUAUCAGCAGCAAAUAUUGGACCUGGCUGUGAAAAUUUUCAAAAGGAAUAUCAGAAACGUGUCGGCCUCUAGGUGGUUGACUUUUUCCUAUUGAAGAAUGCUGAGUCAUUAAAAAAAGAUUUGUGCUUGCUUUGUUUCUUUAAUAAAGGAGCUUUGACUUAA